GAUUGUGAGCACAGAAUAUCGAAAUAACUCAUAUCGAAGACGUAUCAUUUCUAGUUUGUUUAUGUUUUUGUACAAAAUUUAUGAAUAUUCAAUAUGUCGUCUUCGUUUAGAUAUAAUCUUUUAAGGAGUGUUAAGCCAUACACUCCAUUCACUCCGCAAUUGACUAAGUCCAUGUUGCGUGUCCUUAUUCAAGUGUCUGUGCACUACAUCGAAUCAAAGAAGUCUUCGUCGGAAGUGCUUUCCCUGGCACUUAAUAAACUAACAAAUGGAGGGCACAAGAUCCCUCCGAACUUUUGUGAACUUUUUACAAUGGUUUUCUUGACAAUGCAAAUCUUUUUAAGAUAUCCCAAGGGCGUUGUGAAGCAUCAUGAGCUGCGAAAAUGUUUAAUGGACGAUUUAAAUUUAACAGAAGAAUAUGUUGAAGAUAUCUGCAAAGUUUUGCUAAACCAUCGAGACGUACUGAGCAAGAACUUUUCAGAUACUAAAAUGGACCGGGUCAAAAUGUCAAAGUUGCAAUGGAGAAUUAACAUUUCCUUAUCAUUAAAUACCGUGCAAAUUGAUAAACCUACAAUAGUCCUCCACUUCAAGCUCCAAAAUAAGGAAUAUCGAACUCUAGAAUUGCCACUGUCCAUGUUUCAACAAGUGUGCUAUAAUAUUGCUUUUUUACUAAAUGAAUUGCAGUCAUUGCAAAGCCGGUUGGCUUUAAAAUAAGUUACAUGUUUUGUUAUUCGUUUGGUGAAGUAUUAAAACCGACUGUCCCGCA